GUUCUUCUGCGAGCGCAUUAACUUGUUUCGACGACCCACGUGAGAAUUUCUCCAUCCGUUCACUGGUGAGCCAGGGUCCAAAAGUGGAGGAGCUGGCCUACUUGCGUCGUUUAGCUACGUCGAGAAGCCCCAAUUAAUUGACUUCAACAUUGCCAUGGUCUUGAAUCCGAAGUAGUUGCGCCACUCCGUUGAGUAAGCGUCCAUCGGUCAUAACGAUUGUCGUCGAGAAUUCUCUAUCAUCUCCGAUUGAUUGCUCGCGUUCUCCACAAGAUUUAAAAUGGGCAAGAAAAAGAACAAGAAAAACCGCAAUAACCGGGAGCCCGGGACUAUCUCUCGGCCCCAAGCCACGAGGGACCCGCCCGCCACUAACUCGACCCCCCAAUACUUAGGCUUAAAUGAGAAAAGGCCGGUAGAUUCCCUGGAGGAGGGGGUGACUUUGAGCCAAGGGAGCUCAACGGCUGCCAAAGGGGCGGUUUUGGCACCCACUGAGGAGAAGGAGAGAGCACUGAGCGAAACGAGCGACCGAGCGGACUCACCCACGCCCACUUACGAGGAUGUCAAAAAUCUUGAUGCCUCCCUGGAAUUAGGCACAUCCCCCAAGCUUGUUGGUCUCUCUUGUCCCGACUCUGGCCACGUCAGCCCCAAUGAAAGUGACGACUCCGAAGCUUGGCAGACGGUGGGCGGGAAAAACCAUCGAUCCGGCAAAUGGAUUACCGGUUCUAAAGUUGCCUCAGGAUUUCGAUCGGCUCAAGGCUGUAAGAACAGGGAAGGGUCAAACAAAGAGCGCUCGCCGGCAUUUCCCGAUUCUCGCUCUAGCCCAUCUGUCCUUGUUAGUGGAACCACCAUGGCUCAAGCCUUGGGUUCAUCAAAUGAGGCUAGCCGUGGUCCUGAAGUUCCUAUCCCGGCGUCCCCAACAUCCGACACUAAUGCCGCUAAUACCACCUGGGCAGCCCGAGCUAAGGCUGGCGCAGUGACUCGCAAGGCGGCCUAUGAUUUCUUGCCCAGUUUUGCUUCGAUCAAAUCUAAGGAAUCCCGCCCUCCGGCCAUCCCAGGCAAAGUUACUCACCAUGCUCCCCAAGAAAUGGAGCCCAAGGAAAGUACCAUAGUGUCCGACAUGAAAAUUAACGGCGGCUUGCGUCCUGAACCUGGUGUGAAAUUACAUCCUGUCAACGCAGUUGAAACAUCACGAAUUUUGACUAGUAAGGAGCCGAAAGCUGUUCCUACGAGCCAACCAUCGUGCUCCUCCGAUGACACCCAACUUUCAGGUCCGUCUCCUUCAAAGCCUAAAUCAAUAGAUUGCGACCCCAUUAUGAUCCCUGUGAAAAUCCCUGAACCAGUUGUUCGCCCAAAAAAACCAGAAGAUCCGGUGAAGACCCCAAUCAAAAUUAACGGGAACGAGCAAAUUUUAACCCCUGAUUGCACAGUUACCCAUGGCUCUCCCAAAGAAGGUCUUAAAGAUAAUGAGAACCAGACUUAUAUCGUGGCUCCAGAUUUGAUCUUGAAGCAUCCGUUAAAUCAUUGCUGGGUUUUUUGGUCGAAUUCAUUACACGAUUCAUCUGAUUGGUCUUCCAACUUGGUCAGUCACCUCGAGUUUGACACAAUCGAGGACUUUUGGUCUGUAUAUCACUACAUCAUUCUACCCGCUGUAACAUUCCCGACUGGAAGAAAAAUAGACUACUCGAUCUUCAUCAAAGGAAUUAACCCCACUUGGGAAGAUCCUUUGAACAAGGCUGGGGGUCGUUGGUUGGUCACCGGCUCAAGCAAUCUAAUCGUCACCCCGUGGCUGGAUAGUUUGUUAUUCCUGAUUGGCGAAACCAACUUUAACUUGUCCGCAAUGAUUCACGGUUGCGUUUUGAGUUUAAGACCGAAGAAUGCCAAGGUAGCGCUAUGGAUUCAUUCCGCUUUGAAGUCGGACCAACAUAUGAUUGAGGAACUGGGUCGCUCAUUCAAGAAGUCUCAGACAACGAAAGUACGAUUAAAGUUUGAGCCUCAUGAAUCAGCACCUCGGUAUUUGAUAGCUCUCCCACGGGUGGAAUAAGGCCUACUUAUGCUGUUGUAAAAUUCGUUUUGGAUUGUACUAGAAAACGUCGGUGGGUUGGAUUGGUAAUAAAACUGUCUCGUUGUUUUUAUGAA